CAACGAAACGCUCCAGAUCUAACUCCCAUUUGAAAAGACUUUCCCCAACCCCAACAAAAAAUGAAUAAUCACUCUUUCUCUGUCUACAAAAUUCAAAAAUUUCCCCCUCUCUAACGGCUACAUUUCUCUCUCUUCUCUUCUUCUUGUCUCCAUCACCCUCAAUCUCGCAAUCUUGCCCAAAUUAACAAACCCUACUGUCUCUUCUCUCUUCAGUUUACUUAUCGGAAUGAAGCACUCCAUGCAGCCAAGAAACACGAUCUUGAGAGAGAAUCACUCAUGUGAGUCGCCAUCUUCGUCUUCUCCAAACCCUAAUUCGAAAUUAAAGUCAUUGCGGAAGCAAAAAUCAUCCAAAGAGAAUGCUCCGCCUUCAGAUCUGAACUCCCUUAUGCCACCUUCUCCGGCACUUUCCAAGAUGAAGAGUCCGCUACCCCCACGCCCGCCCAAUCCACUCAAGCGCAAGCUCCCCACUGAUACACUUCCCGAGAACGUAACUGUUGGGGUCCCUGACUCGGGUGUUCAAGUAAUAGUUCGAAUGCGACCUUUAAAUAAGGAAGAGGAAGAAGGGGAGAUGAUAGUACAGAAAGUUGGAAAUGAUGCUUUGACAAUCAAUGGACAGAUGUUCACAUUUGAUUCAGUUGCUGACAUUGAUUCGACACAGCUUGAUGUUUUCCAACUUGUUGGACUCCCUCUCAUUGAAAAUUGUUUAGCUGGAUUUAACAGCUCAGUGUUUGCCUAUGGGCAGACAGGGAGUGGAAAGACUUAUACAAUGUGGGGACCAGCCAAUGCCUUGUUGGAAGAAAAUUUAUCAAGUGAUCAACAAGGCUUAACUCCCCGUAUUUUUAAGCAACUCUUUUCCCGAAUAAAUGAGGAACAAAUUAAGCAUGCUGAAAAGCAGCUAAAAUACCAAUGUCGUUGUUCUUUUCUAGAGAUUUACAAUGAACAAAUCACAGAUUUGUUGGAUCCAAGCCAAAGAAAUCUCCAGAUAAGGGAAGAUGUCAAAUCUGGUGUUUAUGUUGAAAAUUUGACAGAGGAGUAUGUAUGCACGAUGAAGGAUGUCACACAACUACUUAUAAAGGGAUUGUCAAACAGGAGGACAGGUGCAACUAGUAUAAAUGCAGAAAGCUCACGCUCUCAUAGUGUUUUCACUUGUGUUGUUGAAUCGCGAUGCAAGAGCACAGCAGAUGGUAUAAGCAGGUUCAAAACGAGUAGAAUAAAUCUUGUUGAUCUAGCUGGUUCAGAAAGACAGAAGUUAACUGGUGCUGCUGGGGACCGCUUGAAAGAAGCUGGAAAUAUUAAUCGUUCUCUCUCACAGCUUGGGAAUUUGAUUAAUAUUCUUGCUGAAGUUUCUCAAACGGGAAAGCAAAGGCAUAUCCCCUAUAGAGACUCUAGGUUGACAUUUUUAUUGCAGGAAUCUCUUGGUGGCAAUGCAAAAUUAGCAAUGAUCUGCGCUGUUUCUCCUGCUCAGAGUUGCAAGAGUGAAACACUCAGUACAUUGAGAUUUGCACAGCGUGCUAAAGCAAUUAAGAAUAAGGCAGUCAUUAACGAAGUGAUGCAGGAUGAUGUCAAUUACUUGCGUGAAGUGAUUCGGCAACUAAGGGAUGAAUUGCAUCGAGUGAAGGCAAAUGGCCAAAAUCUGACUGACGCAAAUGGAGGUUGCUCAGCUGGUUGGGCUCGUAGAAGCUUGAAUAUCUUAAAACGUAGCUUCCAUCAUCCUAUGACAUUACCUCAUAUUGAUGAUGAUGGCGAUGAGGAGAUGGAAAUUGAUGAGGAUGCUGUUGAGAAGAUCUGUAAUCAUGUAGAUAUGCAGUUAGCGAGUGGUAAAGAUUGCGACAAAAUUACACAGGCAAGAGUGGAAACAAUUAAGUCUAAUUCAAAAUUAGAGGUGUGUGGAAGUGGAUCUUUUUCUGAGCCUCAGCUUAACUCUUCUGGAAUUGUUUGUAUCAUAGAAAAAGGUUCAGAGGAUACAGAUGUUAAAAUGGAAGAGGGAAUCUCUGAACAAGUUGUGCAUUGUGAAAAUGAACUGAUGAUUGUUGAUUGUGUUGAAUCUGUUGCAAAUACUUAUGACUUUUCUAAUGCUGUUGUUGUAAAUCAUACUCUGAAGGAACAAAAUGAUGAAGGAAAUUCAAACAGAUUAAGUGCUGAUUCACUUGUUCGGGACUCCCCUGUGCAGCCUCCCAAAGAGAAAGAGGCUCUUAGCUCUUCUGUCAGUGAAUUGCCAGACGAAGAAUCAUUGAGCAAAUGUCCAAUCUCUGAUCCUUUGGGUGGUUUUUCCAGAGAAAUUUCUGGAGAAGAUAUGACUGAUGAAUCUGGAAAUGGAGCUGUGAAUUGUGUGUCUCCUGCUUGUCUUAGCAUAGUUCCAACUGAUGGAUCCCCAAUUCUUAAGUCUCCAACUCCAAGUGUUUCACCCAGAAUUAACAAUAGCAGGAAAAGCCUGAGGACAUCAUCAAUGCUUAGUGUAUCCCAGAAAGAUCUGAAGGAUGACAAGAAGUCUGAUCUAGAAGCUGUGGAUAUGUUAUCUGAAAAGUCAAUGAAAAGUAUCUCAUACAGUGCUAUUUCCACUCAAACCAAAAGGACUUCUGUUGCAACAACUGAACACUUGGCAGCUAGUCUCCACCGUGGCCUUGAAAUUAUUGAUAACCAUCACCAGAAUUCAGGAUUGAGGCGAUCCUCAUUCAGGUUCUCAUUAAGACCUGAUUUUAAACCAGUUUUCCCGGUUGCCAAAGUUGAUGUGGGUGUGCAAACUUCUCAAAAUGAUGAUAUGCCAAAAGAAGAUCCAGAUUUAUUUUUAUGUAAUACUUGCAAGAACAGAAUGCAGCUAGAUGUCAAAGAGGAGAAUGAAAGCUCAAAUCUUCAGUUGGUACCUUUUGAUGGCUCACAAUCUGCUGACAAGUCCAAGAAGCAAGUGCCCAAAGCAGUGGAAAAAGUUUUGGCGGGAGCUAUCAGGAGAGAAAUGGCACUAGAGGAGUUCUGUGCCAAGCAAACUUCUGAAAUUAAGCACCUUAAUCGUUUGGUGCAACAGUACAAGCACGAGAGAGAGUGCAAUGCCAUUAUAGGACAGACAAGGGAGGAUAAAAUUCUGCGCCUUGAAAGCCUUAUGGAUGGUGUUUUGCCAACUGAGGAGUUCAUGGAAGAAGAAUUUGUUUCCCUCAUGCAUGAGCAUAAGCUUCUGAAGGAAAAAUUUGAGAAUCAUCCUGAAAUUUUAAGGACAAAAAUUGAGCUCAAUAGAGUGCAAGAGCAGCUUGAUCAUUAUCGGAAUUUCUGUGAUUUGGGUGAAAGGGAAGUGUUGCUGGAAGAGAUUCAAGAUUUAAGAAACCAGCUACAAUAUUAUAUAGACUCUUCUUCAUCAUCUGCUCGAAAACAAAACUCAAUUUUGCAAUUGACUUAUUCAUGUGAUCCCAAUCAAGCACCAUCUCUGAGUAGAAUCCCGGAGUCAUCUGAAGAUAGUGCUGAAGAGAAAUUUGAAAGAGAAAGAAUCCGCUGGACUGAAGUAGAGAGCAAGUGGAUAUCUCUUGCUGAAGAAUUGAGGAUUGAACUUGAAGCUAGCAGGUCCUUAGCAGGAAAGCAAAAACAGGAACUGGAUGCUGAAAAGCAAUGUACAGAAGAGUUGAAGGAAGCAAUGCAGCUGGCUAUGGAGGGACAUGCACGCAUGCUUGAACAGUAUGCAGAUCUUGAGGAAAAACAUAUUCAAUUGCUUGCGAGGCACAGAAAGAUUCAGGAAGGAAUUGAUGAUGUUAAGAAAGCAGCUACUAGAGCAGGUGUAAGAGGUGCUGAAUCUAAGUUCAUAAAUGCUCUUGCUGCUGAAAUUUCAGCAUUGAAAGCUGAAAGAGAAAAAGAGAGAAGAUAUCUCAGAGAUGAGAAUAGAGGGCUUCAAGCUCAAUUGCGAGAUACUGCUGAAGCUGUACAAGCUGCAGGUGAAGUACUUGUACGGCUCAAAGAAGCAGAAGAAGCUGUUGCAGCUGCCCAGAAGCGAGCUAUAGAAGCCGAGCUAGAAACUGCAAAGGCUUACAAAGAGAUUGAUCAUUUGAAGAAAAAACAUGAAAUUGAUAUUAGUAGUCUCAAUCAAAUCAUAGCCGAGUCUCGUCUACCUAAAGAAGCAAUACAACCUGUUUAUAAUGAUUCUAAUCUGGCCAAGUACGAUGCAGAGGAGGAACCUCAUGAUGAAGGUAAUCAGCAAUGGAGAGAGGAAUUCAAGCCAUUUUAUACUGAAGAUAACGAGUUAUCGAAACUUGCAGGAUCCUCAUCAUGGUUCUCUGGUUAUGAUCGAUGCAACAUAUAGGGAUAUGAAACUGGUCAGAGAAUCAGUGUAUGUAUUACUGAACUGUUCUGUUAUGGGGCUUAAAAUUGUUGCAUUUUUUAUAUGUUCAUCCCAAUUGUGAGAACCAGUGUCUUGGUUGGUUCUCUUAUUGUGUUUUCUGUUUUCAGUUUGAGUUUUGUAGUGCAUUAUAGUUGAAUGAAUUACUAUAUUGUUUAUUCACAUGUACUUGCUGGGACAUAUUCUUUCCACUUAUCUUAUAGGCAAUCCAAAUUGAACUAGCUUUCACGUGA